AUGGCUAUAUUCGGCUUAGCCUCAGCGGUCGCGGGCUUUGUAAAAGUCCGCUACCUGAUCGACAAGGCCGUUAUUGACAACAUGGUCUUUCGGAUGCACUACAGAAUCACAUCUGCCAUCAUGUUCCUGGCCUGCAUCCUUGUCACCGCUAAUAAUCUUAUUGGUGACCCGAUAUCUUGUAUAAGUGAUGGCGCUGUACCGGCUCAUGUCCUCAACACAUACUGCUGGAUUACCUAUACUUUCACACUACCAUACAGCGGAGCUAAAGGAGUGGCUCACCCUGGUCUUGGAAACGACUACGAUGAAGAGAAAAAAAUACAUUCGUACUACCAAUGGGUGCCGUUCAUGCUAUUCUUCCAGGGUCUUCUUUUCUACAUUCCUCACUGGAUCUGGAAGAACUGGGAAGAAGGCAAGGUCCGCAUGAUCUCUGAUGGAAUGCGUGGAACAACUGCUAUCAUUGCCGACGACAAAACUAACCGCCAGAACCGUUUAGUUCAAUACCUGUACGAUACGCUUCACAUGCACAACACCUAUUCAUUCGGAUAUUUCUUCUGUGAAGUCCUCAAUUUCGUCAAUGUGGUCGGCAACAUAUUCUUCUUGGACGCAUUCCUUGGCGGUGCUUUCUUGUCUUACGGUACCGAUGUCGUGAGGUUCUCUAAUAUGAAUCAAGAACAAAGAACUGAUCCUAUGAUUGAGGUAUUCCCGCGAAUCACAAAAUGUACCUUCCACAAAUACGGAGCUUCUGGAACUAUUCAGAAGCAUGACGCAUUGUGCGUUCUUGCUUUAAACAUCCUCAAUGAAAAAAUCUUCAUAUUCCUUUGGUUUUGGUUUAUUAUUCUGUCUGUCGUAUCCGGCCUGGCUAUCGUGUAUUCAGCAGCAGUCAUCCUUCUGCCAAGUACACGUGAAACUAUUCUCAAACGUCGCUUUAGAUUCGGAUCUCCAAAUGGAGUAGAGGCCCUCGUUAAGAGAACUCAGGUCGGAGAUUUCCUGCUGCUACACCUACUCGGUCAGAAUAUUUCACUUCGUGUUUAUGGCGAAGUGUUAGAUGAACUAUCACGUCGUCUUAUCCUGGGUUGUAAUCCACCAUCGGCACCCUCUACAUUGGAAAUGGCACCGAUCUAUCCCGAUAUCGACAAAUUCGCCAAGGAGACUGAGACGUAA